CUAGACGACAAUUUGUCGGCUGUUUAUCUAGGUUUCAGGUAGAUUUUCUCUCUACCGGGUUUCAUUUACUCUAAUUGAACUUACUUAUGCUUUUAAUAAUAAAAAAUAAUAAUUAAUUUUAUUUUCUUUGAAACAUUACAACUUUUAGAAGAAAUAUUGCCAUUAACUCGAUAAUUAAAAAGUCAUGAUAUUGUCAUUAGUGCAUUGUCAUGCAUUGGCAUGCACUAGAUGAGUUUUCGUCGUCAGUUGUCAAGUUCUUGUGAUCAGUUCAGUUGUACUUUAAGUGACAAUGUGUGAUAAUUUAGACAACAAUAAUCUUAUUUCUUUAGUGCAAAUGAGACCUGCACUUUAGGAUAAAACCACAGACAUUUUUAAAGAUAGAAAUGAAAGAAGAAAAGGUUGGAAAGAAGUGUGUGAGGAAUUAAAUAGGAAUUACCCUACAAUGGAAUCGAAAGAUAAAAACAACCAUAUGAAAGGUGUCAUAAGCAGAUGGGGUAAUCUGCGAGAUAGCUUUGCUCGAGCAAAAAAAAUAUGCAAAGCAGUAAAAGAAGUGGUGCUGGAGUCGCAAGGGUUACCAAGCAAUGUACAUACCACCAGCAGCUACUAUUUUUAUCAAAACUGCAUGAUUCUACAGAAACUACCGACAGUUUAGAUGUAGAGAGCAAUUCCGAAGACAAAGAUAUUGAAAUCUCGGAUUUGGAUAAAUCAUCGGAAAACAUGGAAGUAGAUUUUUCACCUAGACUGCAAAAAACUGGUAGAAGGAACAGUUACACAAAAAAACCAAAACACCAAUGAAUUUGAAAAAAACUUGCUGACAGCGCUGUCAUCUCAUUCAAAUCCACAUAUGGAGUUUUUUCAGAGUUUAGUUGCUCAUUUGAACGGAUUUGAUGACGAUGAAAUUCAUGAUUUUAAAAUGAGGGUUUUGCAAGUAAUGUCAAGCAUAAAAGAUAAGAAGAUGAUGGUUUACCAAUCAACUUAUAUUGCUUCACCAUUUACCGGAUAUCAACAUAACCCUUUUACCGUCAUGCAACCUCCGCCACAAAUACAAUCAUCCCCUAUCAGUCGUACAUAUUCCAAUACCAGUCCAAGACAUUCUCCUUAUCCUCAAAGAGAAGCUACUUCUCAUCCUUCUUCAUCAUACACGUAUUAUGACAAUUUACAUAAUGUCCCCUCUCCUCAAAAUCCCUACUCAUUACCCAGUCCUUCAUCUGCAUCAAUGUCCUCAGAGAAUUCAAAUGAUUAUUCUACACAAAAUUAAAUACUUUCUCUCAACAUAUGACAUGAGAAGGGCGUUUUUGUAAGCUCAAUUACAAAUAAUUAAGUAAUAAAUAAAGAAAAUGACUUUAAA